AUGGCGUCGCUAAAAUCGCUUACCGGGCCGACUGCACUGAUCCUCUGCGCGCUGAUUUUGUCAGGAUCAACCGGAGCAUUGGCAUCUCGUGGCAAGGCGCUUGGGAAUCGCGGAACCACACAUGAUGCUCGUGAAAUUCCUGAUGGUUCGCUUGUCAGGCACCGUACUCUGAGCGACUCAAUUCCAGCACAGCCCCUGACGGAAGUUCCCCUCAACUCUCUGUCUGGCGUUGGUGCUGAUGGGCUGAGGGGUGGCAGCAGCAACGGCAGUGGAAACAAAUCGCGUUCCAGCAACUCUAUUCCAGCAGAGCCACUGCCAGAACCCACUGCCACCACCGACAUCGCUGACAUCGUUGCCAUCACUGCCAUCAUUGCCGACAUCAUUGCCGACAUCAUUGCCAUCACUACCUGUCAACAACCCUCUGUCCGGCAUCUGGUCUUUCUUCGGUGGAUUGUUCCCGCACGGGGGGCCCCACCAUGCGUCAACCAACCACUUUCAGGCAUCUGGUCUCUUCUCCCACCCUUCCUCCGCAUUGCCGGUGGCGACAGCUGCAAUGGUGGCAGCACAGGCGGUGCUGGUGGGGAGGAGUCGGCAGCAGCGGCGGCGGCGGCAGCAGCGGCAGCGGCAGCGGCAGCGGGACGUGUUGGUGGGGAAGUGGGACAGGCGGCGGAGGCAGUGACUGGCCGUGUUGGGGGGGAGGUGGGAGAGGCAGCGGAGAUUCUGACAGGACGCGGUGGUGGUGGCAUUGGCAUUGGCGGCUCUGGCCCGGAUGGAAUCACUUUUCCAUACACCAACUGCUCUUCGGCGAUUCGCAUAGGAGCACUUGGCCCGGUCGCACGGACGUCGCACGGGCGAUCGUUUCGGCGAUCGGCGUUCGGUAGCCAAUCACGAACGAGGACCGGCCAGCACCGUAACUCGUCUGCACCCAUGACACCGCGACGCGCGUUGAAGGGCCGGCGGCGCGCGCUGAAGAGCCGAGUCUCGGUGCAAGAGGCGGUGGAGGCGCGGAUUGAUCAGUCCCAUGAUAUGGCGGCGGGUUUGUGUGGCGCGAUUGUAACGAAUGGCGGAGCAGCAGCAGCAGCGGCGGCGGCGGCGGCGGCAGGGGCGGUGCUUGAUUGUGACAUUAGCGGGGCCUUGGAUUUAGAUGCGAAUUUCGUGCCUGGGGCUGAUGACGUGGCGCAGCUAGAGAGAGUGCUGGCGCAAGCUGACGUGGCUUCUGUUACGGAGUCGAGCGGACGAGGCGACAUUCCCAAUGCGGAUUCGUUCAACCCCUUGGGAUUGCCGCCAGACCGAAAGUUAGCUGAGGGGGAGGGGGGCGAGAAGCAUGUGGUGGAGGAGGAAGCGGGACAGCUAUCAUUGGAAGAGGCGUCGUCUGUGUUGACUACCGAGCCUGUCCAUUCUACCGAACCUGCCGAACCUGCCGAGCCUGUCGAGGCUGCUCAUCCUUCUGCGUUGAAAGCAUUCUAUUGGACGUACGUGUUUAACUGCUUUGGCGAGCACUCGUGGCGGUUCGCAGGAGCAGCGCUACUAGCACUCCUGCAUCACUCGCUGUUGCCCGUGGCUGUAGCCAGCUUCGUCAGCCAAUUGGUGGUAUUUAUAGGCGCACCCCUAGUGGGAGAGCUUAUGGACUCCGCUCCUCGAGUGGCUGCAUUCAGCAUCAUCUCUGUUGCUCAGACCACUGCCAUGGUAGUAGCAGCUCUAGCCACCAUACACGCCAUUCAACUCGCCGCCCCAGCUGCUGCAGGCGCAGCCGCCACGUCAGCCGCCACGUCAGCUGCCACGUCAGCGCUGGCUGCUCUCCCCGGCACGGCUGUGCUGCUGCAAGUGUGGUUCGUGGUGCUGGUGGUGGCUGGCGCUGUGGAGAGGCUCACUGGAUUGGCCUCUGGAGUGGCCUCUAAUCGUACUCAUUCCUCUUCCCUCGUCCCUUCCUUCCCUCCUCUUCCCUCGUCCCUUCCUUUCCUCCUCGUCCCUCGUCCCUUCCUUCCCUCCUCUUCCCUCGUCCCUUCCUUCCCUCCUCUUCCCUCGUCCCUUCCUUUCCUCCUCUUCCCUCGUCCCUUCCUUUCCUCCUCUUCCCUCGUCCCUUCCUUUCCUCCUCUUCCCUCGUCCCUUCCUUUCCUCCUCUUCCCUCGUCCCUUCCUUUCCUCCUCUUCCCUUGUCCCUUUGACCUUGUUGGGUCCAGCCUGUGUCGCCCUCGUUGCUCUCUCCCUCCCUGCCCUGCUCGCCCUCACCACCCUCACCAACCGCCUCUCAACCGGAGCGCUCAGCAGACCCCGGCCUAUCGACAAACCCCCCGCGGCCUCAGCAGAAGAACCCUCAGCCUCGCCCUGUAAUUCCUCCCAGCCCUCUGAGGAAUCCCAGUUUGCCAAGGCCGAAGGCUGGGAAGAACCCUCUUGCCGUUUUGAAGACCUAUUCGAGUCUCAGGAGGAGCCUUGGUACCCCCUCCAAGGCCUUAAGACGUUGCGACCACUCGGUGCUGUUGAGAACACUCAAAAAUGGAAUAAUCGAGAAUGGAUGCAACAAGAGACCUCCUCCCCAUCUUUUUCACCACACAAGUCCCAUGCACUUCAUUCCUUCUCUUCGCCAACCUCGCCGCUCUUCCCCCUUCCCACGUCCUCUCUAUUCAGCAGCACUCCAGCUUCAGAGCCGCUCGCCUCGCUCUGCUGCUGCCACCGCUCUUGCUCGCACCCUGUGCCCGUGCCGCAUGCACCAGCAGGGAUGGUAGGUGGUGAGCAUCACAGGCACAUGCUGCCGCGAGCGUGCAGCACUGGUCGCGAUUGUGGUGGUGCUGCUGCUGCCCUUGCUGCCACUGCAACUGCCCCUGCUGCUGCUCCCGCUGCUGCUGCUGCUUCUCCCGCCGCCGCUGCUCCCGCUGCUCCUGGUGCUCCAGCAGGUGUCGGGAAAGCACUGGAUGGAGCAGUGGUGGGGCUGGUGAGAGUGACAGAGGCAGCAGGAAAAGCACUCGAUAAAGCAGCGGCCGGGGUGGGGAAAGUGGCAGAGGCAGCAGGGAAGGGGUGGAGGUGUUACGUGCAGCAGGCAGUGAUGCCUGCCAGUGCAGCCUACGUGCUACUCUUCUUCAAUGCCGUGCUGUCGCCUGGAGGCCUGCUGACCUCUUUUCUGUCGCAGCAUGGUGUGCAGAUGUCAGUGAUAGGUGCGUUCAGGGGCGCAUGUGCUGCCAUGGGCUUUGCGGCCACCUUCGUUUCGCCACCGCUCGUGGCACGACUGGGUGUGCUACAGGCUGGCAGUGCAGCUCUAGUCUUCCAAGCUCUUCUCCUUGCCCUUGCAGUCGCCAUCUUCUCGUCUCUCUCACACUGCCCUCCAGUGCUGCAGCAGGGGCUGAUGCUGCUCGUCCUCGUCCUAGUUGUGCUGUCGCGAGUGGGCCACUGGACGUUUGAAAUCGUCGACUCUCAGAUCAUCCAAACAGCCAUCCCCCCCGCCUCUGCCAAUCUCAUCGGCACCACCGAAAUCGCCCUCGCCAGCCUGGCAGAGCUGCUCAUGCUAGGACUCGCCAUAGUAGUGCACGAUCCAAAGCACUUUACUGCUCUCGCUGCCAUGUCCAUGGCUGCAGUUUUCGCUGCGGCUGGAGUUUACUGCUCCUGGCUGGCUCGCCCCGACCCGAGGAUUGCGAAGCUGUUCCCGAACCAGCCGGAGGUUCGGUGGGGCGAGGUGUUUGGGAGGCUGGGAG